AGCCGACUGAACGGCAGCACAGCCUCAGUCAGUCUGCUGGCGUACAGACAGGCUGCAGCGGCUUCUUCGUUUCUUCAUUCUGCGCACAGUUAUCCUACUGACUUCAGCAAGUCACCUGGAUUAAAAAACAAAGAAGAGCAAACAGACAUCUUUUUCGAGGUGCACUCCACCCGAUGUGAAAAAAGUCAAAGAGGGUAAAGGAGAGCAGAUAAAAACCGAAGAGAAAUGGGAGCGUUCAGAGUGCUGCUGGGGAGUUUACAUUACAUGGGACUCUACAUGCAACUUAGUGUCUCAGCAACGCAAGCUGGACACGCCGUGGUGGAGAACCACAUCUCCGGGAACGCCAUGUUCACAGAGGUGCCUCAUGAUAUGAGUGCUCAGAGAGGUCAGGACGUGGAGAUGGCCUGCUCUUUCAGAGGGGCGGGAACGCCCUCGUAUUCACUGGAGAUCCAGUGGUGGUACAUCAGGAACCACCUGGACUGGACAGACAGACAGCCCUGGACAACCAAUGAAGUAGCUCCUGAGAAGGAGAUGCCAAAGGAUGCUACAAAGAUAAGUGUUGUGAAGGUUGUAGGAAGCAACAUCUCCCAUAAACUCCGCCUCUCCCGGGUCAAGCCGUCUGACGAGGGCACAUACGAGUGUCGUGUCAUCGACUUCAGCGAUCUCGCAGGGGCCCGCCACCACCGCGUCAGAGCCUACCUGCAGGUGGUGCAAGAGAGCAACAUCAUCGACAGUAACCACAACGAGAAUUUCGAGGCCCUGGAUGAUACCAAAGGAGGAGUGGCGUUUGUCAACGGGGACGACCUGGAGUCUCACGGUGGUGCAAAAGUGCACGCUCAUGGCCAUCACCAGAAUCAGGGGCACCCGCAGGGGCAAGGCAAGCGGCCUUCAUCGCCGGCCCACCAGGGCCACAGCCACAGCGGCAGCAGUCAGCAGCACAGGUCAGGCAUAGACCUGAAGAAGAGGGACGUAGACAGUAACCUUAGCCACAAUGACUGCACCAACGAGCCAAGCUGUGCAUUGUAGAUGUUGGCUUAUUACUUCUGAGUGAUAGAUUACACAAGGAUUGCAUAACAUGAUGUGUGUUACAGCAUAAAAAGCUAUUCUUCCCACACAGUGCAAGCGUGUGCACAAAUCCAGAAUCCCUAGAAAUGUACAGUCUGUCUUGUUUAGAGCACAGUGCUGUAAAUUGUGCUGGGGAAUGUAGCUUUUUCUUGUUGUGCAUGGGUCUGGGUUGGACUGCUCACUGUCUGUAAAGCCUGGCUUCAUGACUUUCUGCAAAUGGAGCUGAUGUGUAGAUCUAAGCAGCUCCACUGUUUCUGGUUACAGCACCAACAAAACAAAAAAGACUUGUCUUACUAUUACCAUGCUCUGUUCCACUCUUGUACUUUGGAUACUGUAAAUGACACAACCCUGCUUUCAGGCUCAUACUUCUUCCACUGCCUUACUCUCAUUUAAUACACCCUCAGAAAAAAAGUAAAUGUUAUACCUUGGUCUGGCUAUAACUGGGUCUGUGCCCAGUAAAAGGAAAAUGUUCCUUUUAUUCUGAGUGUGCACUGAAUGGAACAAAACCGUCUGUAAUUCUUACCUGGAAAUCUUGUCGAGUCUGAUUCCUUAGCUUUGUAUGUAUAGCACUAGCUUCAUUGCAUCUUUUUGUGUGUUCAAAUAAUGGACAUGAAUAUGGUGCAAAAUUUGUAAAAUGCAAUUUAUUCUGUGUUUACUCGCUGGGGGAAAGAAACAUGCUUUUUUCAGCAGAAAGUCGAGGUCUCAGAGCAGCAGUGCUCAUCAAGGACAGAUACAGCCUCAAUUUAGUUGAGUUGGAGUAAAUACAGUGGCAAUGUGGGAUUUCUUCCUCAUUUGUGCGCUUUUCAGACACAGCACAUCACAGGCUUUAUUUUCCCCACAGCACUUUUGAGCUUAUAAAUUUGCAGCUCAACAGAAAACAUGAUUUUUGUUUGCCUGUUGUGCUGCAGGUUUGAUCCAUCCAUGGCUACUUAGGCUGAGAGAAAUCAAUCAUGUUAAUCAAUCCUGUUGUAUUGUUGGCUCCACCUGUUUGGAAAGCCAUAAAUAGAUCAAAGUCUGUGCCACUAAAU